AUGUUUGAGAGGACAAUUAAGGGGGAGUGUGGCCUGGUGGUCGGUCUGAUGAGAAACGGCAAAUUGCUGUCGGAGUCGCCUCCCCAGGAACUUAUCGACUAUUAUCAGAUGCCGACACUUGAAGAUGUGUUCCUUAAGCUCUGCAUGCAAGACAGCGCGAAGACUGGCGACAGCGAUGAACAAAUGCAAUCUACUGAAGUUGUGGUCCAUAGCAGCAGCAGUCAAUCGGUCAACUCUCUCCAGGGUUGCCAUGACGACGAUGUGGCCUUCUCCUCGGAUUCGGCCCUAUUGAUUGACGAGGACAGGAAAGGUCACGAAUCUACCUCUUCAAAUCUACACUGCUCAGACUUUCUUCUAAGCCCCGCCCAUCUGUGGGCGUUGAUGGUCAAGAACAUCAUCCGUAUCAUGAGGAAUCCUGGGAUUAUAUUCUUCUCAGUCAUCAUUCCCAUCCUCCAGACAUCGCUGUUCUGUCUUGCCGUCGGCAAUGACCCACGGGAUCUGCCUGUUGCUGUGGUGAACCUGGAGAAACCGCCAUUGUUCAGCCAUCUCUACCUCCAGCAGAUAGACAACUACACAGUCCAUCAGGUACCUGUGGCUAGCGUGGGUCUAGGGAAGGCAGGAGUCAGGAGAGGGGAGUACUGGGGUGUGAUUGAGAUGGGUCCGGACUUCACUAAGGAUCUCAUCGUAAGGUUCACUAAACCCAGUGCAAUUAAUAACACGAUCAUCCAGGGCAGUUCAGUCCACGUGUAUCUCGACAUGACAAAUUCCCAGAUUGCUAUUUCGUUACAGCAAAAACUACUGGAAGCAUUUCAGAAGUUAACUGCAGAGGUUCUGCCCAACCCUGAGGUUGCUGAGAUUCCAGUUGUGUUUGAGGAUCCCAUCUAUGGCAGCAAGAUGACCAAAUUUGUUGACUUUGCCGCGCCCGGCAUAAUACUGACAAUCAUCUUCUUCCUGGCCAUGGGUGUAACGGCGUUGUCUUUGGUGACAGAGAGGAAAGAAGGUCUGCUGGACCGGAGCUGGGUGGCUGGUGUAAGUUCUACCGAAGUGAUGCUUUCCCACGUCCUCGUCACGGGUCUUCUGACCAUCAUGCAAAUUGUACUCGUCCUUGUCUUUGUCUUAGCAGUCUUCAAGAUCCCAAAUGAAGGCAGCCUGUUGCUGAUCACAUUACUCUGCAUCCUGCAAGGUUUCUGCGGCCAGGCUUUCGGUCUCUUCGCGUCCUCCGUCUGUAGCACCGAGAUCACUGUCAUGCAGUUCACCCAGGGAUUUUUCUAUCCCAUCAUCCUUAUGAGUGGUAUCAUUUGGCCCAUACAGUCCAUGCCGGAUGUCUUGUACUACAUCAGUAUUUGCCUGCCACAAACCUACGCCAACGAGGGCCUCAGGGACAUCCUCAGCAAAGGAUGGGGCAUGGAGCAUGUUGAGGUCUGGCUGGGCUACGUCAUCACCCUGGCUUGGGCCAUAUUCUUCCUCUCCAUGUCGGCGUUGUUCCUACGCAUCAGAAAGUAGAUCCCAUUUUUUUCCUUCUUCUGUCACUUGCUUCAUGGUCAUCAUCGCAACUGCUUCCAUCGACCGCAGAACAGACACCAGCUUGUUUCAUCAUGGAAUCACCAGGUCAUCGCCACAUUAUCACACGGCUUGAGGAAACUGCAGAAUGGUUCAAAAACCUUGUCAUCAUUGCUUAUUGCUUUACAUAUCAGUAUAUAUUCAUCAGAAUUAGGCAAGGGGCCGAUUUCACGAAACUUGUCUUGUCUUGCGACUCAUCUUAGGACUUAAGACGAGUCCCCACUGUAAGAUCGACCUAAGCUAAGAUGCGGUUUAAGACCGAUUUCACUAAACACAUCUUAACAAGACGCAUCAAAACUACCAAUUCUAUGGCUCUUUCAUGUUUGGUUUUACCACUGGACGUAAAAGUCAUUGACAAGAAACAUGCAAAACCAAUUUCCCGCAGGUGUGCGCGCAUAGAGCACAAACUUUAGCCAGAAAAAUUACUGUACUCAAUAAAUUUCAAACGCAAGGUAGUUCGACACAAGAUGCAAUGGAGUCAUUCCUGCUCCCCGUUUCAUCACUUUAUUUUAAAAAGUCUACUAGUUGUUGGCAUAUAGUUAAAUUUUGUAAAUUAGUUAUUUUCACUAAACCUACCCACAUAUCAGAAAUCUUUUCGAAUCUGUUUCUACAGCGGUUUUCUUCCUCGAAGCUGUUACUCUAGGCCAACAUUCGUCAUUAAAGAGAAGAUAUUGCAAUGAUUUCUGGACGACUAAUAAGUUAGGACGAGUUCAGCCGCGUUGCUAAGGAAGUUAGGACGUGUUGAACGUGUCUUAAGUUUGGUGAAAUCCAUCCUAGGACGAUUUGUGAGUUGAGACGAUCGAGUUACCCUUCUUAAGACGCGUCUUGGCGUUUCGUGAAAUCGGCCCCAGGUCACGCUAGUCAUUUUUCAAAGGCAACUGUCAGGAAACCAAGUGCACUGCAUGCGCUAUAGACAAUUCCAGGCACACUGUCAAUUCCAGCACGAAGGCCCCCUUCAAUGGCGAAAGCAUUGUGCUAGCUAUUGUUCAGAUAAUCCAUCACGGGGCAGUUGCUGUG